ACACGUUUCUGUCCAUGUUAGCCGCAGUCUCAACUGCAUUUAUAAAGUUAGCGAUGUGACAGAAUAAUACUGUUCCCAUUUUCAUGUCAGCAGGUUUUUCUAAAUAAAGAAGAGAAUCCCCAGCGCAGCAGUAAUGUCGGGGGCCAAACACAGGAUGCGCAAUAAAAAGAUGAGAGAUCAGCCCACCAGUGUGACCUAUUCAGCGCCAGGCUGGCGCAAUGGUGGAGACACUCCUGCCGGUCGUGCCAGUGACUUCCAUCAUGCGAAGGGGCAAGGCCUACCCCAACAGGGCGGUGGGUGGUCCAGGGGCCACCAGUCAGGUGGCUCAGUGUACCCUAAGGAGCUUCCCAAAUGCAUCACCAGCACAUAUUUUGCCAGGGCCAGGUCUGCAGAGGUGAAGGCGAUGCUGAAGGCUGUCAACAAGACGACUGGCAGCUGCCAUACCUUUGGCGCUCUGCCCAAACACAUGAGACGCAGAGCCAUGAGCCACAACACUAAACGGCUUCCCACCAGGCUACGGGAAGGAGCACAGAGGAUGUUGGAGAAAAGCCUGCAAGCCGCAAAGAAGGAGAAGAAGGAGGAGUCAAAGGCCAAGAGCCGCAAAGCCCGUCGUCGCCAUGGUAACCUGCUCCUGGAGUUCAACCGUAGACAGAGGAAGAACGUCUGGUUGGAGACGCACAUCUGGCAUGCCAAGCGCUUCCACAUGGUGAAGAAGUGGGGUUACUGUCUGGGGGUCAGGCCCACCCUAAAGUGCUAUCGGGCCUGCUACAGGGCCAUGAGCAGCCACUGCCUCCUGCAGGACCUGUCCUAUUACUGCUGUGUGGAGCUGCAGGGCCCAGAGGAGCAGCUCCUGAGCGCCCUCUCCAGGCUCACCAGCAAAGACACGGGGCCAACCUUCGCUGCGCUGCAGUGCCUCUCCGGGCGCAAGCAGGGCAGUGUGGUUCUGUACAGGCCUGAUCAGUACCCCGCCCAACCGCUGGGCCCUGUGCUCUUCCUUUGGAGGCCCCGUAGUGAGGGCUCUACUCACAGACAGCUGUGGAUAUGGGGCCACCCCACACUAAAGCAGGACCUCCUGUCUGAGCUGCGAACAUUGUGCCAGUGCUCUGAGCCGGUGAAGCCAGUGCCUAAACCAGUGCCCAGCCCAGCAGUGGAAGCCGUAGCAGUGCCAGCCAAAGACCCGACUCAGAAGCCGGCCAGUGGACGGAAGAGGAAGAGGGAAGAGCAGGACUCUGAUGGCCAGCCGGCCAAGAAGAUACUUGGGGACGGGACUCGGUCACCUACCUGCCCUGUCACAUGGAAGUCAACUACAACUGGAAUAGUCAUUAAUGACCUAACCAUGGAAAUGGUGCGCUAUCGCCUCAUUGGUCCACUCUCUCACACUGUCCUGACUGAGGCUCUGUCUCCUGCCACAGACUGUGAUGAAGCAGCCAAAAGCAGUCAGUCAUGCUUCUGGUGGCCCGAGUACUCCAACCAGGAGAAAAACAUGGCUCUUCACCGAGAGCAAGCCGACGUCUUCCAGCUCCUCAAGGGUGUGUAUUCCUCCACUGAGAUCCCAGCAGGCUCUGUCCUGGGCCUGACUGUAGAUGACCCCCGCAUCUCCCUGCCCCGCAGGAGAGUCCAUGCCGAGCCUGACCUUCAGCAGGCCAUAGGUGUGGACGAGGAGAAGAGAAGGGCCCUUACCCUGCAGGGAGUACUGGAGCACUGCUGCCAGAGUGCCCUGUGGGACCGGACCGUAAGGGACAACGUCACCGACAAUAAGCUACCUGAGAAGGAGCUAAAUCGGAUGCGGAGCGAGCUCCUGGUGCCCGGCUCCCAGCUGACGCCCACCCCUCUGCAGGGCCGUGUGCCCGUGCUGCUGGUGCACCAGCCGGGCAAGCAGCUGGGCCAGGAGAUGCCCUCCUGGGGGGUGGGCUGGGACCUGCUGCUGCCCAAAGGCUGGGGCAUGGCCUUUUGGGUGCCUCUGGUGUAUAGAGGGGUCCGAGUGGCCGGUCUCCAGAUGAGCCUGAAACACUCCCAGCACAAGGGGGCGCCCCACUUCCCCCAUGACUACCCAGACUGCCCUGCAGGUGCCCGCUUCCAGGACGAGCAGCAGGCAGAGCUCAUGGACAAGUUUACGAGACGCCCGCCCGCCAAGAGGACCAAUUAUAUCAAACACGGCUGCCUGGCGCCGUUUCGAUGCCCCUGGCAACAGCUGGCGGAGGAAUGGGUGGAGAUCGUCAAGGAGACUGGCAAGGGCACCGAUACACGGACUGACGUGGAGACAGCCGGAGCUCCACCCAGUCGGUUUUCUGUGCUCAGGAGCAGGAAGGUGCUGAAGCAGCUGUCUGCGUGGUGUCAGCCCACCUCCUCCAGAGGCCAGCGGCUCCAGCGCGGGCCCCAGCCCUCUGCCCUCUCCCCGGCCAGCGCCGCCGCCCUGUGGGCCUCGCACGGACGCGUCCUGGUGUGGGCGCGCUUGUCGCUGCUGGCCAAGGGCCGGCCGGAGCUGCACGCCAUGGUGUGCGUGCCCACGGAGGAGGACCUGCGGCUGCUGAGCCGGGACCCCCACUGCACGGGCCCCCAGGAGCCCCGCCACGUGGACCACUUCAGGAAGCGCGUGCAGAGCGCUCGCAAAGACAAGAAGAAGAAGAAAAAAGAUAAAGCAGAAGGAGCCUCAGCAGAGAGUGCGACUGGCUCUGGUGGUAGCGCCAAGAAGCCGGACGCAGCCUCUGACCCGAGCUUGGGGUCUGCUGAGCAGCCAGGUUCUGUCCCAGAGGUCACCUCCAUCCCCGGUAGUAUUUCGGACAGCGAUUCGAGCGCCAUUCCAGCUCUGCCCCAGGCUCCUGUCACGCCAUCUGACCAGGACCCCUCCGCCGCCACUCCUGCUCCAGCUCCUCCUGCGGAGGCGGAGAGGCUGGUCCUGGGGCUGUGGCCGGAGCCACUGCCCAGUGUGACGUCGCACUGCUCGCGCGUGACCCUGGGCUGGGUGACGCAGGGCGACUUCUCGCUGGCAGCGGGCUGCGGGGAGGCGCAGGGGCUGGUCAGCCUGACGGGCCUGCUGCAUGCGCUCCUGGGCCAGCCGCCCGAGCGCAGGGGCCUCGUGCUGCUCAGGAACCCCUCCUCUCUGCAGUACCGCUUCGCCAAGGUUACCAUCGAGGCCUAGACCCCCCCCC